GUCCUCCUUAAGCUGCGCGCUCUCAGUCUGCAUGUCAAUCACACACACACACACACAGACACAGUGCGCUGCUCUUCGUCCUUCUUCCUCACUGCUGAAAGAUCUCAGACACUAUGGGUUGUGUGGACUGCUGUAUAAAGUGUUUAGGUGGCGUCCCGUACGCCUCACUACUGGCCACCAUUCUGUGUUUCUCUGGAGUCGCUCUGUUCUGUGGCUGUGGACAUGAAGCUCUGAGCGGAACUCUCACAAUCCUGGAGAACAGCUUCUACAGGAACCUGAGUGAAACCACCAUGCUCACUGACAUAAUCUAUCUUUUACAGUAUGUGAUUUAUGGCAUCGCUUCCUUCUUCUUCCUCUACGGUAUCAUCCUUUUGGCUGAGGGUUUUUACACCACCAAUGCAGUGAAGGAGCUGCACGGAGAGUUUAAGACCACCAUCUGCGGCCGCUGCAUCAGCGCCAUGUUUGUGUUCUUCACGUAUGUUCUUGGAGUUGCUUGGCUCGGAGUUUUCGGGUUUUCCUCGAUCCCAGUUUUCCUGUUUUACAACAUUUGGUCCACUUGUGCGUCCAUGGCCUCCACCUCUCCAGCCAACUCGUCCGUUUGUGUGGACAUGCGGCAGUACGGUAUUAUUCCAUGGGACGCCAAGCCAGGCGUCGCUUGCGGUUCGACGCUUCUCGACAUCUGCAACUCCAACGAGUUCUACUUGUCCUAUCACCUGUAUAUAGUCGCUUGUGCCGGAGCCGGAGCCACCGUCAUCGCCAUGAUCCACUACCUUAUGAUCCUCUCGGCGAACUGGGCCUACCUAAAGGACGCCAGUCAAAUGCACACGUACCAAGACAUCAAAAUCAAGGAGGAGCAAGAACUGCAGGACAUCCAAUCACAUUCAAAAGAGCGCCUCAGUUCUUACUCGUAAGGUCCCUGUUAACAAAAAAUAAAUAAAUAAAAACCUUUCUGUCGACGCCACAAAGCUACUAACGCUGCUUUUACCUCCUCGGCUAACGCUCUCCUCCGUCUGCACUAACACACACACACACACACACACACACACACACACACACACACACACGUACACACCUCAUCAAUCUGAAUGUUUUAAGGUGUUUACUUUGUGUUGUUUUGUUUUGAUCCAGUGUUUCUUAUUGAAAUUGUUCCUCUGUUCAAACACAAAGUUAAACAUUUCCUCUGAGACUUUUGUUAUUUGUAAGUGACAUUUUGAUUAAAGUUUAAAGUCACCGCAGGAGGAUACGAGCUCAAACGUCGUCCUGACAUUUGUGUUUCAAAAUAAAUGUAAUGGAUUUUUGAGUUUUGUUGAAUUGGAACAUUUCUUUUUUAAAAGUUUUACAUUCUGUGUGGCUGAAAACUGUUUUUUUUUUUCCCCUAAAAGGAAGAAUAGAAAUGAUCUACCUCAGCUGGAGCACAGUGACUGAUAAUAAUCACUCACUUUAUUUCAAGAUGGCUGAAAAUUAUUUUUCCAGAAACUUUUUUAUAAAUCUUUUUAAAUCCUAGCUGCAAAAUACAAGGUAAUUUUUCCCAAAGUUCCUGAAACUCUAUAGAAAAAUGUUUAGUUUUCUUACACAGUAGUUUUUAAUAAAUAAAUUCACUCACAUUUUUAUGACUCGACUUUUUUACUGUAAGUUUAUUAUAUAUACUGAGAUUAAUCUCUUAAAUGUUUUGUUUGUUGAUCUAAAAUUUAUUACUAAAUAAAUAAAAAUUGUUCAAAGGCGAACAAUAAAAAUUAGGAGCAUGACACACAUUACUUUCACACAAAUAUGAUUACAGACGUUUCCUGAAGUCUUUCAGCUUUUUGUUGUCUUUUAUUAAGAUUUUGGUUGCUUCUCGUUUCCAUGCCGAUCUUUUUUAACAUCUUACUGUAUUUUUUUUUAAAUGGCCUCAAAUGAUUGUAAUUAUUUGAGUUUUGUCUCGUUGUUAUUUUGACAGCGAAAGUUUUAUUUUCUGGAAGUUUAUAAAAAGAACUCGCUCAAUUUUCAUGUUUAGAAUUUUAUUGUUAUAGACUGUUUAUUAUUUUGUGUCAGUUUUGCUUUUGAUCUUUUUUUAUUUUUAAUGUUCUGAAGUUGAACAAACCUGAAGUUGUGAAUCUCUGGAGAAAUGCUUCAUGGUUUAUAGACAUUUUUAUUUUUUAUGUACGAAUAUUAAAUCCAUUUCCUGUUGCUGCAGUCAGAAGGCAGGACAAAGUAUUUUUGUCAGUUCAAAAUAAAGUGUUUAAGUUAGAAGAUAAUUACAGGGAGAUGUUUGUUUACUUAGUGAUACUUUUGCAUUGAGAAAAAAAAAUCUACAAAUCCAGUGUAGUUGUUUGUACUGAUGUAUACAGUAGGCACCGUUAGCGUUGUUAGCCUUUUUCUCUUCUCUCACUGCAUUGUUGACUUUUUAAUCAGGUUUAGAAUUGUGUGUUUGUGCAGACUUGUGUGUGUGUGUGUGUGUGCGCGUGUGUGUGUGUGUGUGUUGAAGUCUGUAGUUCAUGGAGUUUGUUCUGACCUCCAGUUUGAUGUAAUUGGUAUUCGAUGUGUUACAGAGAUAGACGAUGGCAUCCAUUGUGUGAAUUUGAUCCUAAAGUUGAACCUGAUUUUAAAAGGUUUCAUCCUAAAACAAGUCCAGUAAAAUUCCCAGGUUUAUGUCCAGACUUCAGAUUCUUUGUGUUAAUCAGCAGAAACGCAGCUGUUUGUUGUUGUUUUAGUAAAAGUGGAGCUGCGAUUUAGAGAGCGACUAAUAAAGUUCUCUUUAAUUCAACUGUGGAACUCGCUGACGUUCAUUAACCAGUCUGCUAAAGUUUAGAUUUUAACAAAGAAUUAAAACAUUUCAUCAGA